CGGGGGCGCGCAGCCCGCUGACUCCAGCGGCGGCGGCGGCAGCGAUGGCGGCGGCGGCCUCGCAGCGAGACCCGGGGGACUGGCAAGACUUCUCGGGCUUCCAGCCCGCCGUGGGGAGCGGCUCUGAGGCGGCCCGCGACAAGGGCGGCUGGGGAGGGGGCGAUUUGGCCGCUAAGUUGUCCCUCUGCUUUGAGCCCCCGCAGGCCCGCGGCGGCGGCGGCGAGAGCCGCGUCGCGCUGCGGCCCCUCACGGAGCAGAGCGCUCUGCAGGACGACGAGAUUUGGAAUGCUUUGACUGAUAAUUAUGGUAAUGUAAUGCCAGUUGACUGGAAAUCUUCACACACCAGAGCUUUGCACUUGCCAACACUGAAUCUUUCAGAAAAAGGGGUAAAUGACAACUUGAAUCUUGACCUGUCAGAUGAUGAAGAGCUGAGGGAACAGUUGGAUAUGCAUUCUAUCAUAGUUUCCUGCAUCAACGAUGAACCACUGUUCACAGCAGAACAGGUGAUUGAAGAAAUAGAGGAGAUGAUGCAAGAAUCACCAGAUCCAGAAGACGAUGAAACACCCACUCAGUCAGAUCGGCUCUCUAUCCUUUCCCAGGAAAUUCAGACACUCAAGAGAUCCAGUACGAACAACAGUUAUGAAGAAAGAGUAAAGAGGUUGUCUGUUGCUGAGUUAAAUGAACUGCUAGAAGAAAUUGAGACUGCCAUUAAGGAUUAUUCUGAGGAACUAGUACAGCAGUUGGCGUUACGAGAUGAGUUGGAGUUUGAGAAGGAAGUGAAAAACAGCUUCAUUUCUGUCCUCAUUGAAGUACAAAAUAAACAGAGAGAGCACAAAGAAACAGCGAAGAAGAAAAAAAAAAUGAAAAAUGGUAGUCCUCAAAAUGGCAAACAGGAAAGAGGUCAUAUACCUGGAACGCGCUUCAGCAUGGAAGGGAUCUCAAAUGUCAUACAGAAUGGCCUCCGCCACACGUUUGGAAACUCAGGUGGAGAGAAACAGUAUUUAACAACCGUCAUUCCUUAUGAGAAGAAAAAUGGACCCCCAUCUGUUGAAGACCUUCAAACAUUAACCAAAAUCCUUCACGCCAUGAAGGAGGAUAGUGAGAAAGUGCCAAGCUUGUUAACGGACUAUAUUUUAAAAGUGCUGUGUCCUACAUGAAGAGGGCUGCCUUUCUUCAGAAUUAGCUAUGCUCCUUCCUUUAAGAAGCUGUUCUGUGGAUAUAACUCAUAGUAUCUUUUUUCAUUUGGCACUAUGCCUAAACCAGGAUGCAUUUACUUCCUCUGUGUGUGUGUGUGGAUAUUCUGAUCCUACAGUAAGUCUUCUGGGCAUGACAACUCAUCUACUUAAACCAGAUAGUGCAAUGAACUGGAGCAGGGAACAAACUGUACAUUUUUACUCACGUUGUUCUGGCUUUUUAAAGUCUAUUUUUACAUUGUAUAGCAUGUACUAAAUCCUCCUGCACAUUUUGUUGUUGGAAGGAAAAGUAAACUUUGAAUAGUGUAAAUAAAAUAAGCCUAGUUUUAAGGAAUCUAUAUUUAAAAACAUGCUUAGUUCCUGUAGCAAAAAUGCAAAAAGAAUUGUAAGUCAGGCUUGCACUUAAAGAUUGAGAUGAGUUCUUCAGGAAGCACUUCGGGACAGUGUUGGUGGAAGUCAAUAUUCAACACUUCUUUUAAAUUAAUUACUUAGGUUGAACUAUAAAACAGUGUUUUUCAUAAAGUGAACAAAUCCGGAUUCUUUCACAGUUUUUAAGUAAUUAGUGUGUUUUCUAUCCUUCUUGCUUAACACAAACAUCAAACUAAUGUAAUAUUUCUGUAUUUAUUGGUUUUGUUUUAAUUAUUGAUGUUUAUGUGGAUGACAUUCUCCCAUAUUGCUGCUAUAUUCUUACUGUUCUUAUUAAGUGAUUGAUCUUAAUGAAAAAGCUUCAAUGUACAAACAUUUUAAAAGGCUAUAUCUUUUUAAAGUUAUAUGUACAGUUUAAAAGACAUGCUCCGUGUUAUAUAGAGACUUUGGUCAUUGUGUAGCUCUAGGUUUUACUACAAAUCUCUCUUGUAAAUUGUAUGAACUGUCUCCUCUGUGGUGAUCUGUUUGCAUUCAAACAGAUGAGAAUGUCUUUUACAAAUCCUGUAAAACAAACCUGCCCCGUAACCUCAACAUUAAAUACUUGUCACAAGUCACUUUGCCAAUCUUAAAGAUUAGACUGACAUGUAAGGAGUACUAAUAAAAAUAAAGGAGCUAUCUUCUAGCUUCCUAUGUAUGCUACACCCAUCUCUACAUACUGUAUAUGCAAAAACAUUGGAAGAUAAAUUUCUAAAGAGAUAAACGUGUCUUUUCAACAUUUUUUUCUGUUUAAAGUCUUUUUUUUUUUUUUAAUUGAGGAGGAAUUUGUUCCUGAAUACUUUCACAGUAUCAUUUUUUUAAAAAAAUCUAUCUAUUAUAGCAAGUAUUCAUUUUGAUUGGUAAAACUUCUAGAAUUUAAAAUUCUCCCCUUACACCACCUCACCACCAACAGACACUUGCCAGCCUGACCAGGAAUAAUAGAUUUCCUGAGUAAGUGUGCCAUAUAUGAGGAAUUUUGUUUUCUGUAUUCUACCCGACUAGUGGUUUAUGUAAAAAGAAAAAUGCCAUUUAUUUCUUCAGCUGAGAGGUUAUAAACUCAUUAUGGCAUGUUUUUUGAAAUGCUUUCUUUUGACUAUUGACACAUGGAAAUUGGCUAAAGGAUAUGGCCUCAUUGUGUUUCCUUUUUAGAAAAGGAGUGCAUGUUGUGAAACACAUUUUGUCUCCAGAUCAGAUUCAUUCAGAGGUGGCUAAUCCUACUAUUGAGGCCUGUGGUGACUUAAGAUGGAGCAGGAAAAAAAAAAAAAAAAAAAAGCACUUAUGAAAGAUUUGUGGUGUUGUAGCAAAUUGGAUGACUUAAAGUCACAAUAUACUAAAAGUAGUAAAACUGGAAAGAAAACCAAACAAAAAAAUCAAAAGGAGCUUUAGCUUGCUAAGCAUCUAUUUGAGUAUAUUAUGUCCCUCAAUAGACUAGACAAUAUUUUAGAAAGUACCUGUUUAGCUUGUAUAUAGAAACCUGACAUUAAACAACAGUUGCCAAUGUGGCAAAUAUUAUAUAUAUACGUACAGACACACCUAUAUAUAAGUAUAUCUCAAAACAUGAAUAAAAAGAACCAUAUAAGUCUAAUUUUGUGAGUUUUAUGUACUUCAGAUUCUCCAUUAUUCAUCCUUUUUUGAGAUCCAUUAUUGAAUCUUGUAUUCUUCUAAGGAGCUAGAUUUCAUCAUUAUUCUGUAUCUUCAGUGUGUAAUAGCUGCAAAUGGCCACCUAAGAGCAGUUGCUGACAAGUAUGCUAGAAGAGAUUUGGUAAAAAUGCAAGGAUUAGCCCUUGCUGAAAAUAAACCUUGUUAGUAUAACAGAAGUAUCCUUAAAAUCAAUAGAUCUUAAAUUACUUAAUUAGAUAUUUGUAUGUAUAGAUCACUUAUUGACUGUUUUUUAUCCAACCCAUUUUAUGAGAUUCAGAUAUUUCGUUUGGUAAGCUUAUUCAUUUGCUAGCUAGAAUUACAUUUUAAAUGGGGGCUGUGUGUCCCAGGUAGUCAAGAAUCCUAGAAGUAUACUUUCCUGUUUAGGGAAGACAAUAUUGAUAACAGUUCCCCUCUGGUGAGAGAUAUUGGUCUAAUGGGACUCUCAACUGACGUAGAUAAUCAGCAAUAAAGAAUGUCUGCUGUAAACUUUGUCAGGUGAUUGCAGCCUUUAUUUUGGAGCACAGAUUUUUACUGCAGGAGUUCAUGUCUCUGUUGCUUCCAGGCUGGAUUACCUUGGUAAGCUUACUGCAUGCAUGUCACUUGGAAACUGCAACUAGUCCAGCAAAUGGCAUCGUGUGUGCUUCAUAAUAAUCUUGAUAAGCAAGCUUAUACCCAUGCACUGCAUCACUCAGAGUGACUACAUACUCAUUUCCAAGAGGGUAAUUUAAAAUGCACAUUUUAACUCAUGAAGUUCUAAAUAGUACAGAGCCUGGGUAACACAAAGCCUGCUUAUCUAGCUAUGGGCAGUGGUGAUCAGCAGCUUCACUUAAAACAGCAUCUACCCAAUUCAAUCAGGAAGGGGCUAGAAGCAAAGCUUCUUAGUGAAGUAUUCUCAGCUCUGUUCCACCCAACCCCAAAUUUAUUGACCAUCUGAUUGUUCUGAGAAAUGUAUCUUCUGGACAAUGAGGCUGGAAUGAAAUAGCUAAUGAAUUCGGGUAGGUUUGGAAGUGUUUUCUGAUCUGGAUAUCCAUCCUAGUUCUUAAUCUUUCAUGUUUGACUCCAAGCUAUCCCUGGAUAUAAAAUCUUUCCAGAAACCUUAAAAACUCUGUCGUCAAGUAGAAAAUCAAAUUCCAAAGCAACAUGAAUCAUGAGUCUUACAGCAGGUGAAUCUCGUGUUCUGUUUCUCUUGGGAGCAUAGAGGAGGUUAUUUUAAGCCUAAAGAGAAACUGAGUGUCAAAAAGGUGCAUCUACCUGUUCUAAUUGUAAGAUAAUGCAAUUUAUUUUUAAGGUGUUUACAAGUUUGAUAGAUAGUAGUGAGCUGUAAGAGGGUUAUAUAAAGCACAUCCAAUGGCAGAGAGGUGUUAGAAUCUUCCUUGCAGAGGUUUUCUUAUCACUAAAGACUGAAUAACUAAAAGAAAUGCUUUGGGCUUUCAAAUGCUUUAUCUUUGCUGGUGAAAUAUAGUAUCUUGUUCCUUUGCUCAUGUUCUUUCUAACCUUGGUCUGACUCGGGGUAUUUUUCCUUUUGUUUUCAUAUAUUGAUCAGUGAUGGUUCUCAUUAGCUGAUAAAUGUCAAAUCCUAACAAUAAUUAAUGGAAAAAACUUUAUGAACCAGGAGAAUUAUUUAUUAUAUUUUUUAUAACUACAUUUUGUUUUUCUGUCUUGUACUCUGCAAGUGUUGAACAGAAUCCUCUCUGCAUUGAAUGCUAAUUCGAACAGAGCUCAUAGUUGGUGUUCAUUUUCAAACCAAUUUUUGUGUUCAGGCUUUUUGCUAACUUUAUGGAAUAAAGCAUUAAUGUUUUUUUCUA